AUGCGGGCCCUGGACCAGAACCCCACCAAUGCUGAGGUGCUCAAGGUCUUAGGGAAUCCCAAGAGUGAUGAGAUAAAUAUGAAGGUGCUGGACUUUGAACACUUUCUGCCAAUGCUGCAGACCGUAGCAAAGAAUAAGGCCCAGGGCACAUAUGAAGACUACGUAGAGGGGCUUUGGGUGUUUGAUAAGGAAAUGAAUGGCACAGUUGUGGGGGCUAAAAUACCGCAGGUCCUCAUAACUCUGGGUGAGAAAAUGACAGAGGAAGAAAUGGAAGUCUUAGUGGCAGGGCAUGAGGACAGCAAUGGUUGUAUCAACUAUGAAGAGCUAGUCCGGAUGGUCCUGAAUGGCUGA